AUGACAGAAUAUUCUACCACAGAGACGACAAUGGUGACGACGAGUUAUUACAGAAAACUUAGUGUUACACGGCAUACAAUGAGAAACCUGGAAAAAAGAAAACGUGAAGUAUGUGGAAUGCUGUUUAAUUGUGUAAUAUCCUCUCGAAUUAUACAGUUUGAUUUGGUAUGCGAUAAAGAUGCUUUAAAACAGUUAUCAAAAUCAUUAUCAUCUCUUGGUCUACUAAUCGGCGCCAUUGUGUUCGGACAGCUUGCAGAAAUAUGUGGACGAAAAAAAACAUUUCACAUAGCUACAACUCUGACUAUGAUAUUCGCCAUUGCUGUAUCAUUUACUCCGACUUUCACCUUUUUCAUCGUAGGACAGUUUUUAUUAGCGUUUUCAUCAUCUUCUAUUUAUCAGACAUCAAUUGUACUUGGAAUGGAAGCAUCACCAUCAUCACGUAGACCAUUGAUUGGCACUGCAUGUACUUUUAGUUAUGCAAUAGGAUACAUAUUGCUUGGAAUGACAGCAUAUUUUGUUCAGGGUGACUGGAGAACACUACAAUUCAUCACUGGCGCAAUCUGUCUUUUUUAUCUUCCUUACAUUUGCUUUUUAGAAGAAUCUGUCCGAUGGCUUGUGCAACAUGGUGAGGCAGAAAAACUUGAACAUAUGUUAAUAAGAGCGGACACAUUAAACAAAUCUACCAUGGAAGAACACAUGAUUAAUUUACAUGAAAUGUGCUCGGAUUUUGAGUGUGGUUUGUGUCUACAGAACACUGAACCUGUCGGACACGCCUCAGUAUUUGCUCUUUUCAAAACUCCCAUUCUACGAAAAAGAAGUGUAAUUAUCAUUAUUAAUUGGUUCGCGUUUGGAUUGAUGUAUUAUGGGAUAUCUCUGAACAUCGACUUAUUCGCCAGAGACCCAUACAUGAUAUUUGUGUUUACAGGUUUUGUCGAGAUACCUGCUGGUUUCUUUUCUGGCUGGUUACUUGCUCGAUAUGGAAGACGUGCAACGAUUAGUGUAGCAAUGAUUGUUUCUGGUAUCACUUUUCUUAUUGGAGGAGUUUUAUCUGGCGUAGCUGCUGUUCUCUUCACAUCAACAGUUGUAGCUAAAUUUAUUGCCAAAAUGUGUAUUUCUGGAUUUCCUGUAUAUAUAUCAGAACUUGUUCCUACAUCAGUCAGAGCCCAAGUAAUUGCCUUUGCACGCUGCUCUUCCUUCAUCGGAGCUAUUGUUGCACAAUAUAUCAUGAUUUCGGAUACUGUUUGGUACUUGGCACCGUUUCUACUCAUUGGUAUUCCAUCAAUAGUUUCUGGUAUAUUAUUGGUUCUCCUCCCAGAUACAUUAGACAAGACAGCACCUGAAACAAUUGAAGACGUGGAAUACCCAUAUGAGUGCAAUUCUAAUGGAGCAAAUAUGGUAUCAUGA